CUCUCGCCUCGUGCCAGUGUGGAGCAGAGGGAAGCUGAGAAGACAAGGCGAAGCGAGGAAAAGCCCUCGCUGGUGUCCCGAAGUCCCUCUCUGAAUGCCUGACUGUUCUUGCUGGGAUGUGGGUUGCCACGGCAACAGAAAGAAGACCCGGGAUGCCUGGCAUGCGGGGAAAGGCAGAUUCCGCGAGUCCCUGUCCCAAGGGCAGCUCCUUUUAAGCGGGUGCUUUGGAGGCAAGCGCAAGAUGGGAUUCUGCAAGCCACGACUCCUACUUUUUCUCCAGCUCUUCCCCUUGAUUGAUGGAGAGAGCGACCCCCAGCGCAUUAUUGGGGGUUUCAUCAUGGCCCCCCCCUCUUCCAAGUACCUGGUGUCUCUGAAGAGGAAUACCGGCUACCAUUUCUGUGGGGGGGUCCUGAUCAGCCAGACCUGGGUCCUCACCGCGGCGCACUGCAAGACUGGGACCAGUCAGAUGCUGAUCGUCGCCGGCGAGUAUUCGCUCUCCACGCUUGAAGGCACGGAGCAGAUCUUCAGGCCUGCCCGCAUGGUGGUCCACCCAGACUACAGCACUACUUCGAAGAAUGCGGACAUCAUGCUGAUUAAGCUGAACCGGCCGGUGAAAUACAGCAGCUCUGUCUCCAUCGUCCCGAUUCCCCAACAGGGGGCGACAGUCAGAGAUGGCCGGUUUUGCCAAGUGUCUGGCUGGGGCUAUACCACCCCCAUCGGGGGCCGGACGUCGGACACUCUGCGCAGCGUGCACCUCCCGAUCAUUUCCACUUGGAAGUGCAACAGCUCAGCCUCAUACGCUGGAUACAUCACCAAGAACAUGAUCUGUGCCGGGUUCAGCACUGGGGGGAAAGAUGCAUGCCAGGGGGACUCUGGUGGGCCAUUGGUAUGUGAAGGACGGGUCUUCGGCAUUGUCUCGUGGGGCCACAGUUGUGCGAGUCCCAGGUAUCCGGGUGUCUACACAGCGGUUGCCAACUACCAGAAAUGGAUUUACAAGACCAUCUUCAGGAAAUAAGAGAGGCCUCCCAGCUCCGGAUGCAUAUCUCUGAUGACCGAAUCACCGGUUCGUGGGGAAAUGGAGGAUCAUGUGACGCUUUCUCCCUGGACUCGUUUUGUUGGUGGGUGUGGGGAGAUGGAAGUUAGGGUUAGGCCUGCCCCAUCCUUUCUCUCUGCUUUUAAUUUUCAUUACAUCUCCUUCCUUGACCUUGAUUCCUCCCUACACAAACCAGAGUUCUCCGUGGUCUCUGUGCAUCACACUUGGGUUAUAUGCACCUGUGAGGAGCCACAGCCCGGAACAUUCCAUAGCUUCACCAAAUUAAGAAAAAAGAGCUGGAAAACCACUCCCCCUUGAGGGUAGUACACCUCCUUACCUCAGUCUUUAGCCAACCACUGCAAGGGUAAGGUCUUCAGAAAAUUCCUCCGGGCUUAACCUAUUCAAAACAGGCUGUAUUAUUUCUCCUUCCCAUUAUUAUUUGCCAUAUUGUUUUCUAGCUUCCCUUACUCGCUGGUUGUCUUCCUGCCUGUCAAUUUUGCAUUUUCAUUUAUUGCCGCACCCCACCCCCCGCCAGCUCUUCUGACCAGCAAUGCCUGGUCUUGUGGUAGCAAGCAUGACUUGUCCCCUUAGCUAAGCAGGGUCUGCCCUGGUUGCACAUGAAUGGAUAUUCCCCUUAGGGGAUGGAGACACUCUGGAAAGAGCAGAAGGCUCCAAGUUCCCUCCCUGGCAGCAUCUCCAAGGUAGGGCUGAGAGAGACUCCUGCCUGCAACCUUGGAGAAGCCGCUGCCAAUCUGUAUAUACAAUGCUGAGCUAGAUGGACCGAUGGCCUGACUCAGGAUAUGGCAGCUUCCUAGGUUCCUAUGGAUUAAAAUGAUUUUUCAGCACUGCUCGGAUUGUUCCGCUAAGAUAUUCUUCUCGGAGGGACAUUCCAGGUGCCUUCUGUGCCUCAGAGAAUCCCACAGAGGAGACCUGUACUCUGUCUGCUGGGGAUUUACAAAACAGGCAAGAUGCAACAGGACCUCCCAUUUGGGCGCACUCCUUUGGGAAAGGGCCCUCCAUAUAAGCAUCUCUGUAGCGGGCAUGGACCCCCUGAUCGCCUCCUCUUUUUUGGCGAAGGCAGGGACGGCCUCUAUGCAGGUGGAUCCGGGUACCAUACCUCUACCCACACAUCCUGUGUCGAUGGAGGCAUCAGGCGUGGCUUUGUGAUUGACAGCACCAGCAUCGAAUCCUGA